AAACGGCUGGUUCCCAUUCAACGGUCACAAGAGCAUCAAAAGUCGAGCACAGUACGUGCAUGCCCGCCAUCUGGAAAUUCAGUUUAAACUUAUGGCCCAAAACAAAUGCGGCCCAGGUUCUCAGUUCAACCCGAGCUCGGGUUGGGACACCGGGUCGGUACCGCUUCUGCAUGCACACCACCUGUCUCUGACAAAAUUGUGAAUCCUACUUACACGAACCCACUACGUGUCAACUGCCCCAACCUUGAGUUGGUGCCUUGUAACAUGUAAAAGAAGAGAGACCGAGACGGAGGGGUGAAUUUGCACACUGCUAAACUGCAUCAAUCACUCGCAUAUCAUAAACACAAGUAACAAACGAGAGAGAGAGAGAGAGAGAGAGAGAGAUGGCAGCCGGGAAUGAAGAGUGGAGGAAAACGGCAGACACUCACAAAAUGAGUCCAGAGGAAGUGAAAAGGGCAGGAGUGGAGGGAUCAAAAAGGCCACCUGGCCAUAACCCUGGGGGUGUUCUUCACCAGAGGCGCAACCUUCCUAUUAGCCCCACAGGGAUGCUCCUCGGUGGCUUCCUCAUCUGCACCACCAUAGGCUACUUCACCCUCUACGCCAUGAAAAAACCCGAAGCCUCUGCACGAGAUGUUGCCAGGGUUUCCACCAAUAUCGCCGACCCUGAGGACACAAAACCCAGGCCGGGUGACACAGUGCCCACGCCAGGCCGGAAGGGAACUAGUAGUAGCGCUGUCCAUUGAGCACUAAUAAUCCUGUCAUAGUUGUAAUUUUCUUGAUAUCUGCGGACUAGUUUCGUGCAGAUCACAAUAAUAUUCGGCUUUGCUCUUUGAUGUUUUUAAAGAGGUUGUGCAUGUUAGCAGUAAUUUAACAAGUAGUUGCUUCUUUCCUUCAACAAAGAUGCUAGAAUGCUAGAUGACAAACCAUUGCAGAGUGACAGUUUCUUAUUAAAGAGAAACUUGCCUCCUUGUUCUCAUUCAAUUAUUCACAGGACAUAACCAUAUCCUACCUAAAAAGAAAAGAGGACAACAACAUUUCUGCCGCUACCUUGAAAACCCACCAUCAAAUACAGAAAUAUGAAUCAACAAGGUACGAGGUACCCAACAACCGAGAUGAAUUCUCGAAAAAUAAACAAUAGAAAUAUACUCUAACAGAAUUAUGGCCUUGACGGCUUUGUCAUGGUUCAAAAUUGAGCAAUAAUAGGAUACAUUUGAAAGCACAAUCCAAAGUUAAUUUCAAAUUCUUACACUAGUAACAUAUGUGUUGCACCUUCCAGGAGAGAGCAGCUUCAAAAACCCCCAAUCGCGCAUCUAUUCAGUCAAUUUUCACAGAUGAGUAGAUGAGU